AUGAACGUUGCGGAACCGCUCGCCUUCUCGUUACAGGUUCUAGCUAGCGCGAGCGCCGGGGGGAGGGGAAGCGGGACGGCGGCGGCGGUUAUGGCGGAGGGGCGCUGCGGUCCUGCCGCGGAAGCAGAGGGGCCCGGGCAGCAGGAGCAGCUCGGGGCCGAGCGGAGCCUGGAGGCGCUGAGCCUGGAGCGCGGCGCGACCGGCGCAGGAGCGCGGCAGCCGGGGGGUCGUAGGGCCACUAUCGCCAGCGCGCUGGAGCUGGAGGGCAGCGUGCGCCGCGAGGGCCUCCUCACCCACUUCGUAGCCAGCAACCUGCAGCGGAAGAUCCAGCUCAGCGCGCCCGCCGCCAGCCCCAUCCCCCCCGUAGACCCCGCGGCGCUGCGGGACCUGGUGGCCUUGGCCGGGCAGGUGGCCGCGCAGGUGGAUGAGCUGCUGCGCAGCGUGCACUGCGGCCUGCAGGCCCUGACCGCCCUGAGCGUGGGCUGCAUCCAGACCUACCGCGACGGCGUGGAGAGCCUGGGCGAGGCCGUGGACACCAGCAUCCGAGCCAUGUACACGCUGGUGGCGCGGUGCGAGGAGCUGGACCUGGCCAUGCAGCCCGUGCCGGCCCUAGCCAGGCGUAUCCGUGACAUGAAGGGCACGUUGGAGCGGCUCGAGGGGCUCUGCAAAUAGCACCCUGGGGCGGCCGUAACCCCUCAGCCCAUGGCCCACGUUGCUCAAACACCACGUGCCUCAUCCAACAAGCCAUCUCCAGCAGGUGCUGCUCCUUCGCACACACCGCACCUCGGCGUGCGGCAGCUCAGGAGCUGAUCACAGGCCCAGGAUUGAUACACGGGGAAAGUUUGACUCUCUCCUCGAAAGCACUUUAUUCUUAUCUGCCUUGAUCUCCGAGCUGGGGAGUGGCUUCUUCCACUGCUAUUUUUGUUGAAUGUUUUUUCCUGAAAUACCAAUUAAUAGUUCCACUAAACUUAAAUAAAGAUAUUUGCUAUUUUUU